AUGAUUGACCCAAUUGAUAAAAUUAUUGAAGAAACAUUUGUUUAUAAAAUUGACAUGCUUCAUAAUCUUUCUUUAUCAUCGAAUGCUUCAAUGAUUCGUUACGCUUUAGCAUAUAAAGACUUUAAUCCUAAUGAAAAAUAUCCUGAGGAAGAGAUAGAAUCAAGUUUUGAAUUAACGAAAAAGUAUUGGAAAUAUAAAAUUGAAUCAUAUAAGAAACAAGAUGAAAAAGCAGAAAGGGAUACUAAAAAUAAUGUUUCAAUGGAUGAUUUUCAAUACUAUCACGAUUUAAUCCUUUCAUCUAAAUGCAAAAUGUGUGGUAAAGCGUUUACAUAUGCAAAUAAACCAACAUUGGAUAGAAUCGAUAAUGAAAAACCACAUACCAAAGAAAAUUGUCAGUUAAUGUGUUGUUAUUGCAAUGUCGUAAAAUCAAAUAAAGAUGAAGAUGUUCAACGUUUAAGAAUCAAUUUAAGAAAUUAUGCAUUAAAAAAUAAUUUACCAAUGACUUUAGAUUCAGUUGAAGCUUAUCACAUUCUCCGUAAUGGAAUUACUGGUGGUUUAUCAAAUGUUCAACAUAGAGUAAAUCUUAAAGGAAUCACGCACAUUAAUAAACUUUCAUAUAGUCCAGAAACUAAAACUGUAUCAAAUGAGGACACCACCAACAUUAUGACUCAUUUCGUUGGUGUUGAUUUUAAUUCAUUAUAUCCUUCAUCAUUUUCAUCUAAUCCUCAUGAUUUCAUUCAAUAUACUGACCAUAAAAUGUAUAUUCCGGGAAGAUUGAAUGGUGUUAUCAUUUGUGAUACAGCAACAAAGAAAGCAAAAGCACUGGGAAUAAUUAAGAAGAAAAAUACUUUAUUCGUGGCUGAAGUAAAGGGUCACAUUGAUGAAAAAUACAUUAAUGAUUACAUAAACUUUUUACCGAUAAUAAGAAACUUAGAUAUUAUCACAGAUGAAAAAACAAUUGGCAGUUUUAUGUAUAAUUACAUGAAAUCAAACAAUCUACUGGUUGACCAGAAACAGAGAAAAUUAACUCAAUUAGCAUCAACACACAACCAAUAUCAACCAUUUUCUUCUUAUUAUCUUUGGUAUCUAAUAGACAGAUUUCAUUUUAUCAUCGAUGAUAUUCAAUCAAUUUUAACAUUUACGAAAAAUACUUGUUUUAAUGAAUUUGCGAACAAAUUUAUGAACGAAAGACAAAAGGCUGAAUUAGAAGGAAAUAAAGGAAAAAGUUUAUUUUGCAAAAUUUCACUUAAUGGAUCAUAUGGUUACGAUGCAAUGAAUACACAAAAUUAUGCAAAGACUAAAAUAAUGAAUGCACAGAAGGCACGCGUUGCAUGUAUGUCAAAUAAGUUUAAAAACAUAAGAGAAAUAGGUGAAGAUACAUAUCAAGUGAUGCUUAAAGAUAGAUUUUAUAGAUGUGAUACAUGUUUACAAGAGGCAUUCUUCACUUUAGAUAAUGCUAAAUACUGGUAUUUGGUUUUCAUUUAUGAUUUUAUGUAUAAAUGCAUGAAUGUUAAUCGUUUUCAUUUCAUUGAAGGUGAUACCGAUUCAUCUUAUUGGGCAAUCGCUGGCGACCCAAAUCUUCCUAACACUCAAGCAUUUCAAGCAAUUGUUACCGAUAAACAAUUUUAUGAUAAAAACAUUUUCAAAUUCGCACCUUUUGAUUUCUUUUGUUUUGAUGAGAAAUUUAAACCUAAAUUAAAGAAUAAAGCUGAAGAAAAAGCACAUGAGAAAAAAUUAUUGGGUUUAGCAAUUGAGAAACAAGGUGAUAACAUGGUUGCUUUAUGUCCUAAGUGUUAUACAUCAUUCAACGGUUCAAUUGAUGGGGGUGAUUUUAAAAAGAUUGCACAAAAAAUGAAAGGUGUUAGUUUAAGACAAAAUAAGCAAUUAACACCUAAAAAUUAUUUGGAUAUAAUAAAUGAUAAAGUGAUAUUUGAUGGUCAGAAUAUUAAUUUACAACUUAAAAAUGGGUCAAUGACUCGCUUAACAAUCGGUAAGACUGCAUUAACAGGAGCACACACUAAGGCUGUAUGUUGUGAAAAUGGAUGUUGUAUGCCAUUUAUUUAA